GCAACUCAGGCAGCCAUGCCGAACCAGCCAGCACCGGAGAACAGGCGCAUCCGCUACCUUGAGAAGCUGAUCGAGAGCGGCCGCACCCAGACCCUCGACAACCCUCGCGAUCUCCUCCCGCAGAAGUUCAAGAAGGAGCUCGCGGAGAAGCAGCUCCAGCGGGACCAGGGCAUCGCCAACCGCCGCCACACCACCGCGGAGUCCAACCGGGUGAUCAGCUCUCUGGGAGGGAUCGUGGAGGCCGCGUCCGCCACCAAUGCGGAGGAGAUCCGCCGCGGCAACGCCACGGUGGUGGCGCACGUGGACCGCGGCUUCAGCGAAGUCAAGGAUGUGCUCACUCAGGUGGUGGGCACGCCGGGCAGCUCCAAGCACUGGGAGCAGCAGGAGGUCUACGCCCGCAACGAAAAGAAGCGCGCCGCCAAGGAGGAGCGCCAGGCUUCCCGGGCGGCGGAGAAGCGGCGCAAGCUCGAGGAGCCCUACCGCGUGGAGCGCCAGGAGGGCGACGUCGAGGUCGCCGGCGUGGUGCUCCGCGGCGAGGGCAUCGCCUGGGCCCAGCACCACCAGGUCGACGCCGAGCUCGAGAUCAACGGCGUGCGCUGCCGCCUGGUGCUGCUGGGCACCCCGAGCCUCGUGCAGCUCGUGGGCAUCGGCCAGGAGCAGCUCAAGAAGCUCGCCGAUGCCGCCACAGUCUUCGCGCUGAACAAGGGCGCCGAGAAGUUCGUGCGGGCCCGCAUCGUGAGCGACGGCAAGCGCCCCGCCAAGCUCCUGGACGAAGACGAACACCUCGCAAAGGGCACGGAGCUCCUGGUGCACGGGAUGGCCUGCAGCGUCCUCGCUCCCGGCCUUGUGAAGGUCCACGACGUGCCAGAGAUGAUCAAGUUCCUGCGGGACAAGGCUCCCUUCCCGGAGCUCAAGGUUGUGGACGCCGGUGGCCUGCACGGCUGCCUCCCCGCGGAUUGCCGUGACAGGGUGCCGAUGCACGCCAAGAAGCUGCUGGCAGUCCGUCCGCAGGAAUGCUCGGGGGUCAACUUGUGA